GGAUCGGCUGUGGUGAUGUUCUUCGUGAAGAACCGGAGCUUUGCUCUCGGGAGAUCUCUGGUCCGGCAUCGCCAUCACGACGUGGCUACGGUGGUGGAGAGAAAAAUCCAGGAGGAAAGCUAUGCUUCAUCGCUGAGAAGGUCCGGAAGCCUCAAAGAGGUAUGCGACAGGCACGCCGAGAUCGUGAGAGAUGGCUAUGGACAGAGUGUGGUUCUUGGGGACGUCCUGGUCCAGGCGUAUGGCAAGCACGGGGGCAUCGACAAGGCAAGGCUCGUGUUUGAUGGCCUGGUCAGAAAAAAUGCCUUCUCGUGGACUGUCCUGAUAGCGGCGUAUGCCCAGAACGGGCAUUCCAGGCAGGCACUUGGUGCUUUCAGAGCGAUGGACGUGAAGCCGAGCAGAUACACGUACUUGGUGAUCUUGGGCGCGUGCUCGGAGCUCAAAGCUCUCUCCGAUGGCCGAGUGAUCCACUCACAGAUCUUAGCAGCGGCCGCGGAGCUUGGAGACGACGUUUGCCUCCACAACGCUGUCGUCAACAUGUAUGCCAAGUGUGGGAGCUUGAACGAUGCUCGAGCUGCGUUUGAUGCUAUGCCGCGGAAGGACGUGGUGUCGUGGAACUCUAUGGUAUCUGCGUACGCUCAGCGUGGUGAGAGGCGCUUGGCUCUGGAACUAUAUCACAGAAUGGAGCCGGAAGGGGUGAAGCCGGACGAGUACACCUUCUCGAGCGUUCUCAGUGCCUGUUCCAGCUACGAAGAAGGGAGAGAGAUUCACAAGGCGAUCGUCUCGUCAGGUACUCACUCCAACAACAAUGCUAUCCAGAAUGCGCUGAUCGACAUGUAUACCAGAUGCCACAGGUUGGUCGAGGCCAAGGAAGUUUUCGAACGGAUGCAAAGAAGAAACGUGAUCUCAUGGACAGCCAUGAUCUCGGCGUAUACACAGCACGACGAAGGGAGACAAGCCGUGCUUCUGUUCCGGAAGAUGGACUUGGAAGGCGUGGUGCCAAACAACGUCACCUUCGCCACUGUCAUCACGGCGUGCUCCAACGAAGGGAUGCUCGCGCAGGGCAGGGCGAUUCACUCUCGUAUCAGGAAGCCCGACUUCGUCGUCCAAAACACGCUCUUGAACCUCUACGGCAAGUGUGGACGACUCGAGGAAGCCAGGAGCGUGUUCGAGGAGAUGAAGUUCAAGAGCGUGAUAACGUGGACGACGCUGGUAGCAGCGUACGCACAGCAGGGGCACUCCAUGGAAGCUCUGGAGCUGUCCCGGAAGAUGGACUUGGACGGUGUGCUGCCAAACUCGGUGACUUUCGGCUGCAUACUCGUUGCCUGUAGCUAUGGAGGCCUCCUCGACCAAGGUUGGACCUCUUUCACUUCGAUGCUCCCGGACUACGGCAUAGAACCGGCAGCGGAGCACUACGUCUGCAUGGUGGAUUUGCUGGGACGGGCCGGCCGAGUUUUCGAAGCAGAGGACUUGGUUCACAGCAUUCCAGCCGAACGAGAGCCGCUUGGAUGGCUGGCCUUGCUAGGAGCUUGCAGGAACCAGGCCGAUGCCGAGCGUGGAACUCGAGCAGCUCACCAGGCUUACGAGAGAUACCGGAAGCAGUCGGGCUUGCUCGUGCUCCUGUCUGACGUUUUCGCUCGUUCCGAAGCUGCUGCGCGGUGAAUCGACUCGACCACCUGACUCCCCUCAGCUUCGUCAGCAGCUCGCGAGUCUCCUCGUCGAGAACCUGCUGCUCACGUUGAUCCUGAGCAGUCCCUUGUACAUUGGGAGGUCCGUGACGCCAUCCCCAUUCGCGAAGCCUCUCCAAGACGAGCAGCAUUUUCAGGAUCGUUGCAUAAGUUGGCUUGUGCCACCUUGAGAGCUUUCAUCGCUCUAGUUUGAUAUCGUGCUGGUUGCUUGCGAUAUCAAACUCUGCAAGCCUCUACAAACAAAUCAGCAACACAAAUGGUGAGAGGACUGGAAGAGGACCUGAGGCGCCUCGAGUAAACUGUUGUAAGCCGCUACGUAAUCAGCGUGACCGUGAUAGUCUCAGCUAUCACCAUUUGGUGAA